AGGGGAAAUAAAGGGGGGCAGAACUACUAGGAAGGUGUAAAUCAUUAAGGUGUAAAAUGGGACAUGUACAUAGUACGGAAAGACAGCUGUUUGUAGCUAUGGUUAAGACAUUGCUAAAAAGCCAAAAUAUAUCUGUAACCACUAAACAAGUGGGUGGAUUUUUAGAAUUUAUUGAUACUGUAUGCCCUUGGUUUCCAAAUAAAGGCACUAUUAACUUGGAAACCUGGAAUAGGGUUGGUGAAAAUAUUAAAGGUUAUUAUGCUGCUAAUGGUCCUGACAAGAUUCCUAUAGAUGAUUUCCCUUUAUGGACUUUAAUUAAAGAAUGUUUGCAAGGCGAUACCGAAUAUGAUAAAUGGCAACGGCAAACACAUCCUCGAUCUCGCUCAGCAGACUCAGGUUUAAAACCUUCUGCUUCUACUGCUUCUACUUCCCUUCCUUCUGCUCCUCCUGAAUAUCCAUCAAUUAGUGAAGGUUUGGAAAAUUCUCAAAAAUCUGAUUUUAAGAAUCCUUUUCUCAUGUAUUCUAAAGUGAGAGGUAAAAAAUGCCGACCAUUAGUACAAAAUAAUGAAAUACCUAAAUCAGAAGAAUUAUCUUCUGAUGAAGAGGCUGAAUUAGAAAGAGAAGCUGCUCAAUAUCAUCACGAUAGUGAUGAAGUAUUUGUCCAAGUACCUUUUAAAUCAAAACGACAGCAAAAGACUUUAAAGCAACCUAUUGUUUUACCCGCAAUAGAGGCUGGUAAGCGUCCUCCUCCACCUGACAUUUAUCAUCAAAUACCAUCUCAUUCACCUUUGCAGUUAUCAUUAUUGCAAGCUAAACAACAAGGUGAAGAUGUAAGUGGUUUUUCAAAAAUAUUACAUGCUUAUCCUAUAACAUAUGCUCCUCACCCGACUCAGGCUAAUGUUCGUUUAGCCACUUAUACAUCAAUUCCGUUUAAAAAUCUCAAAGAAUUAAAAACUGCCACUGCUCAGUAUGGAGCAACAGCCCCAUAUACUACUGCAAUUUUAGAAACAUUAGCAGCUGAAGUCCUUCCUCCAUGGGAUUGGAAAGGUUUAACUAAAGCUACUCUAUCUGGGGGAGAAUAUCUCUUAUGGCUUACAGACUUUACGGAUUCUUGUCAAGAUUAUUCUCAAAAACCGCUUUUUCGCCAACAGGGAAUUACUUAUGAAAUGUUAACUGGAACAGGGCAACAUGUUGAUUUAGCUCAACAAUUAACUUACCCUGCUGCGGCGUAUGAUGCUAUUCGAGAAAUUGGCUUGAAAGCCUGGAAAGGAUUACCUAGACAUGGGACAUCUAGGGAAGAGUUAACAAAAGUCCGACAGGGACCAGAUGAACCUUAUCACGAUUUUGUAUCUCGCUUAUUACAAACAUCAGCUAGGCUCAUACAAGACACUGAUUCAGCUAUGAUUUUAGUUAAAGAGCUAGCAUAUGAAAAUGCUAAUAAUAUCUGUCAAUCCAUAUUACGGCCUUGGAAAAAUAAAUCCACGUUAAAUGAUUAUAUCAGACUGUAGUGGGUCUGGGACGGUAGUGAUUUUCCACAGCAGCUCCUGCAGUGCUGUGCUUACUGUUGAUAUCAAUAUUAUGACUACCGCUUGCACAACAUCGGGGCUGUCCCUCCAGCAUUCCUUCCCCCACCUUCACCAAUAGCUGUGAGUGGGCAUGAUCUUGGGAGGGACUAUGGCCAGGACAGCUGACCCAGGCUGACCAAGGAGAUAUUCCAUACCAUAUGACGUCAGCUCAGUAAUAUAAACUGGGGGAAAGGAGCAGGAAGGGGAGGCGAGAUUCAUUUCUGGCCUUCCCAAAGCAACCGCUACGCGUACUGAAGCCCUGCUUCUCGGGAGGUGGCCGGACAUCGCUGCUGAUGGGAAGUAGAGAGUAACAGCUUAUCUGCUUCUGCUUUGCUUCCCGCGCGCGCGGCUUUGCUGCUUAUUUAUUAAACUGCUUUUAUCUCAACCCACGAGAUUCCCAUCUUAUUUUCUCCCCUUCCCUGGCUUGCUGAGGAGGUGGGGGAUAGAGCGGUGUGGUGGGCACCUGGCAUCCAGCCAGGCUCAAACUACCACACAGACUAUGCUCUGAUGUUAGUUCUGGAUAUAUUCAAGGUGUAGUUACUGCUGCGGCACAACAGGGUAAACCUGUUGAACAAGUUCUGGCUGCAAUGCAACUUAAGAAAAACAGACGAGUUGCAGGCCCCCCUGGUAGUUGUUUUCAUUGCGGUCAAAUGGGGCAUCAAGUACGUCAAUGUCCUAAUAAAAAGAUUCCAAGUAAUAAUGGAAAAAAUCUAGGUUUAUGCCCAAAAUGCAAAAAGGGUAAUCAUUGGGCUAAUGAAUGCCGAUCUAAAUAUGAUAAGAAUGGAAAUUCUUUGACACAGCCGGGAAACUUUUCAAUGGGCUUGCCCCGGGCCCGCCCAAACAAACAGGGGAUGUAUCCUGUGCAGGUGCAAACCUC